AUGGCCGGAUAUGCGUUGAAAAGAUUGAUGACUGAAUAUAAAGAAAUCACCACCCGACCUCCAGAGGGAAUUAUUGCGGCACCAGUUGAUGAGGACAAUUUUUUCGAAUGGGAAUGUCUUAUCACUGGUCCUGAAGAUACUUGUUUCGCAAAUGGAGUCUUCCCGGCUCGUAUCACUUUUCCACAAGAUUACCCUCUCAGCCCACCAAAAAUGAGAUUCACGUGCGGAAUUUUUCAUCCAAAUAUUUAUUCGGAUGGUCGCGUCUGCAUUUCUAUUCUUCAUGCACCCGGAGACGAUCCAACUGGAUACGAAGCUUCUAAUGAGCGUUGGAGUCCAGUUCAAUCAAUUGAGAAAAUCCUUUUGAGUGUCGUCAGUAUGCUUGCGGAGCCAAACGAUGAAUCGCCUGCAAAUGUCAGUGCUGCAAAAAUGUGGCGAGAGGACCGAGUGCAGUUUGAGAAGAUCGCCGAUCAGCUUGUGCGUAAAACCUUAUGCCUUCCCGCCGCAGAAGAAUAA